AAAGGUUCUACCCUAUUCGCUGUACUUCUCAAUUUUAUCACAUGCAAAUUCUUUUUGAACAUUGUUCGAAGACUUGAUAUCGUCAUGGAUGCUCAAGUACAGGUAGAAAAACUUAUUUGGAACGUCUUCUCACUAAUUCGGAUGACCGUCUUUGGAAUGAAUUUAACAAUCUUUCUCGUGAUUGUCCUACUUCUUAUCUAUACCAAUGCAGCAGCCGUGGAAGAGUUUGCACCUGAUUACGAAAGUGCUUCAAGUUUUCGAGUGAAGAGACAAUGGGGCUAUGGAGGAUGGGGUUGGGGAUGGCGACGACCGUGGCGUUAUUACGGUUGGGGAUACCCAAUGAUGUAUGGUUGGGGAUAA